AUGACCAAGAAACAAGUCGUGGAGGCACUUGACAAUAGCAUGCGCGAUAUAAUGGGUCGGCCCGAACUACCAUUCGGUGGUAAAACCAUUGUCUUCGGUGGGGAUUUCAGACAAGUCUUGCCUGUUGUUCGUAAAGGGUCAAGGGCUCAAGUGGUCGCUUCUUCGCUACGGAUGUCUUACCUAUGGGAGUCUAUGUCCCACUUAAAGCUUGUUAGCAAUAUGAGGGCAAAAAACGACCCUUGGUUUGCGGAGUAUUUGCUGCGCGUAGGUGGUGGAACUGAGGUCACAAAUAGUGAUGGCGACAUCCGUCUUCCUGACGAGGUAUGCGUGCCUUAUAGUGGGAGUGACAAUGAUCUUGACAAUCUAAUAGACUUCGUUUUCCCAAAUCUCAACGAAAAUAUGUCAGAUUCCACCUACAUUACUUCAAGGGCGAUACUGUCAACGCGGAACGACUGGGUGGAUAUGAUAAAUGCUAAGAUGAUCGAUCGUUUUCAAGGGGAGCAUAUGGUGUACCAUAGUUUCGAUAGCGCCAUGGAUGAUCCCCAUAACUACUACCCACCUGAGUUCCUAAACACGCUGACACCUAAUGGGCUGCCCCCGCAUGUUUUGAAGCUCAAGAUUGGGUGCCCUGUUAUAUUGCUUCGGAAUAUAGACCCUGCGAAUGGACUUUGCAAUGGCACCAGGCUGGUGGUUCGUGGUUUCCAAAGAAAUAGCAUUGACGCAGAAAUUGUACUAGGUCAGUACGCUGGAAAACGGAUUUUCCUGCCCCGUAUACCUCUAUGUCCCUCCGAUGACGAGAUGUUCCCUUUCCAGUUCAAAAGAAAGCAAUUUCCUAUACGGCUUAGUUUUGCAAUGACAGUUAACAAAGCACAGGGUCAGACUAUUCCCAAUGUUGGCGUGUACUUGCCCGAACCAGUGUUCUCUCAUGGCCAACUAUAUGUUGCUCUAUCUAGAGCGACAGCCCGCUCGAACAUAAUGAUCCUUGCCAUCCCAGCCGUCGGUGGGAAGAAGAGGUCGAGGAAGGGUGUAAGAAAGAAUCCCACAGUAGAUUGUGGGACAUAUACCAAGAACAUCGUCUACAAGGAGGUUCUAACAAACUAG